UCCCCUAACUAUCCGCGCCUUUUUUCUUUAAAACAAAACCCUCCUCCCUCCCAAAGUUCAAAUUAACUCAAAAGUUUGCAGAGUAAGCUAAAGCACGUAAUGGCACAAGCCGCUAGACUCAAUCUUCGAAUGCAAAAGGAGCUCAAGCUUCUCCUCUCCGACCCUCCUCCUGGUGCGUCCUUUCCCUUCCUCUCCCCCGACUUCGAUUUAUCCUCCUUGUCAACUAUCCACGCCCAGAUCAAAGGGCCAGAAGGGACUGUAUAUGCUGAAGGGAUUUUUACCAUUAAGAUUCAAAUACCGGAAAGGUAUCCAUUUCAACCUCCAGGUGUGACAUUUGCUACGCCAAUCUAUCAUCCUAAUAUCGACAAUGGAGGCCGAAUUUGUCUUGACAUUCUUAAUCUUCCACCAAAGGGUGCAUGGCAACCAUCACUUAAUAUUUCUACUGUUCUAACAAGUAUAGGAUUGUUAUUGAGUGAACCAAAUCCUGAUGAUGGCCUAAUGUGUGAAGCAAGCAGGGAAUACAAAUACAACAGACAGGCUUUUGACCAAAAAGCCCGAGCUAUGACUGUAAAACAUGCCGAGGCUGGAGUUACUGAGCACAGCUGCAGAACUCAGAGUGUUCAAAUUGAUCUAGAUAUUAGCACAGAGGUGGAAGCUAAACAAUCAGGAAUAGAGUCAAAGCAUGAAGUCAAUCAUUUUGUUUCUACUGAUGAUAGACCAUGUCGGAUCAGUCGGAAGCUGUCAUUGGAGCCUUCAAGCUCAACUCCAAAAAGGGCUAGUGAUGGAGAGGCAAAUGGCACGACGAACCUCCUAAAACUCGGCUCAGAAAAUAUGAGGGCAGAAAUUGAGAGAAGUGAGCUAAGGGACAUACCUGGUAAGUGCAAUUUGGGAUUGGAGAAGCUAUGCAGGAGUGGGACUAUGAGGAACUCAACUCUUGAAUUUUCUGUUCGCUUUGACAAAAGAGAUGGUCAUAAUAACGAGAAUGGAGACCCAAAACAUUGGCAUUCACUAUCUAACGGACAAUCUCUCCCUAUGGCUACUUUAGGGUCGUUAGUGCUGCAGGGCGGCAGUCGUGAUGCGCUACAGCAUGAGAACCGUAAUGGUAAAUCAACAGAGUACAGCAAAAUCACGAGUUCAGAAAAGCCGUGUCAGGUUAGACUAUUCUCAGGAUCUUUGGAUGCAUGCCAAACGAGUGAUGGGAAGAAUGACUAUGUGCUUGUGACUCCUGCAGUGCAACCUUCCCAAUCCCAUUCUAAUUCCUUACCUGGGGCCUUGACCAUGCCUUUGUCUAUUAACCACGAUGAAUCAAAGACAUUUCAGGAUUCUGUGCAUAAAGUGGGAAAAAAUGCCUGUGUUGAUGCAGAACGGAAGAAGGCAUUUUCAAUUUGCAGGAAGCUUUCUUUGAGCUCUAAAGCUAUGUCAGAGAGACGGGGAAGGGAAGGGAAGGAGAAUGUUUUACCAACACACAAUUUAAGAUUUUCAAGUCAAACACUAGAAAGGAAGACUAAAAUCGGUCAGGAACUGUCCUUGGGUCCUCUAACUCAAUUACAGGGUUGCAGUGGAGAUAUCAGCCAAUUGCUCUUGCAUUCAAGGGAAUUCCCUAAUGAAUCUCAGAGGCAGCGGCCCAAUCAGCAUCGUGACGGAAAACUUGCUUGGGGGAUUAGAGAAAGGGAAGAAGAAUCACCAGUAGUUGAAUCAGUGAUAGUGCUAGAUAGUGAAGACAGUGAGGAGGAAAACAAUGGAUUAAUAAGGUCGAAACUGCCAUUAGUGCGGAGGCGCAUAGGAAAAAGAAAAACUCAAGCUUGAUUGCAGAAAGGCCUCCUAGUCAGGUCUUUGGUGCGAACUUGAACCAAUAUUAUGUUUCUUUUUCAGUCAAUGGAGUUAUGGCUCCUGAUUGCCUCUAAAAGCGCCAGGAUGUAAAAACAAUGCUUGGAAAUUGCAAAAUAUCGACACGGGCUGCUUAUGCUUGCUGAUUGCAUUUUUCUUGAUCUUAUUCGCGCAACAUUUUAGAUGAAUAAAUGAAGUACUCAUGGUGGUUGUUAAUGUAUUA